CACACACAAACACACGCACCUCCAUUUAGCAGUGACCACUUUCUGACUGGAAAAGCAGCACCUUGCUGAGAACACAAAGAAGAGAACAUGGCGGCUGAGGACCUCAUUGCUCAGGUCAUCAUCAUGAACCACCCCGGCGAGAUCCGUCACGGAUACGCCCCCGUGCUGGACUGCCACGCCGCUCACAUUGCCGUGCAAUUCAUUGAGAAGGUUGACCCCAAGCUUCUCAAGUCUGGAGAUGCCGGCAACAUCACCAUAGUGCCUUCAAAACCCAUGUGUGUUGAGAGCUUCUCUGAAUAUCCCCCAGUGGGACGCCUUGCCGUGACAUGAAGCAGACCGUGGCCGUUGGUGUCUUCAAGUCUGUCAAUAAGAAGGCCCCCGCCUCUGGAAAGGUCACCAAGUCUGCACAGAAGAAAUGAAUCUUAUUCAGGAUGUCUAACAUAACAACAACAACAACUAUUGUGAUAAUUAGGUUCAAACAAGAACAAUAAAAAAAAAUCUAAAAUUU